CAUGGAGCUCUCCCCGGCGUCCGGAGGAGCCGCCGAGGCGCUGUCCUGGCCGGAGAUGUUCCCGGCUCUGGAGUCCGACUCGCCGCUACCCCCGGAGGAGCUGGACGCGAUCGUCCCCGUCAGCGGCGCCGUGGCUGGUGGCAUGUUGGAUCGGAUCCUUCUGGAGUCGGUGUGCCAGCAGCAGAGCUGGGUCCGGGUGUACGAUGUGAAAGGGCCACCUACACAUCGCCUGUCUUGUGGCCAGUCACCCUACACUGAGACGACAGCAUGGGAGCGGAAGUAUUGCAUCCUCACAGACAGCCAGUUGGUGCUGCUCAACAAGGAGAAGGAGAUACCUGCGGAGGGAGGACAGGAGCAGCAGGCCGACUCUGCCAAAGGGAGAUGCCUGAGGAGAACGGUCAGUGUCCCUUCCGAGGGUCAGUUUCCUGAGUACCCACCAGAGGGCGCCGCCAAACUGGAGGUGCCAGCAGAACGAUCCCCCCGCAGACGGAGUAUCUCAGGGACCAGUACAUCCGAGAAACCCAACUCCAUGGACACUGCAUAUACCUCACCCUUCAAAGUACCGGGGUUCUUCAGUAAGCGCCUGAAAGGCUCCAUCAAGAGGACCAAAAGCCAAUCAAAGCUUGACAGAAACACGAGCUUUCGGCUUCCAUCCCUUCGCAGUACAGAUGACAGGUCUCGGGGGCUCCCGAAACUGAAGGAGUCCCGUUCCCACGAGUCCUUGCUGAGCCCGUGCAGCGCAGUGGAGUGUCUGGACCUUGGUAGAGGGGAGCCCGUAUCAGUGAAACCGCUCCACAGCAGCAUCCUUGGGCAGGACUUCUGCUUCGAGGUCACCUACUUGAGUGGAAGUAAAUGCUUCAGCUGUAACUCCGCUUCAGAAAGAGAUAAGUGGAUGGAAAACCUUCGCAGGACAGUUCAACCAAAUAAGGACAAUUGCAGACGAGCUGAAAAUGUUCUCCGUUUAUGGAUCAUUGAAGCCAAGGACCUCGCCCCUAAAAAGAAAUAUUUCUGUGAACUGUGCCUUGAUGAUACCCUCUUUGCUCGUACAACCAGCAAGACCAAAGCGGACAAUAUUUUCUGGGGUGAACAUUUUGAAUUCUACAGCCUUCCACCUCUUCAUAGCAUCACGGUUCACAUUUAUAAAGACGUGGAAAAAAGGAAAAAGAAAGACAAGAAUAAUUACGUAGGGCUCGUCAACAUCCCCACUGCCAGCGUGACUGGCCGCCAGUUUGUAGAAAAGUGGUAUCCAGUGAGCACACCCACACCCAACAAAGGAAAGACAGGAGGACCUUCUAUUCGGAUUAAAUCGCGUUUCCAAACUAUCACCAUUCUGCCUAUGGAGCAAUACAAAGAAUUUGCAGAAUUUGUCACCAGCAACUACACCAUGCUGUGUUCUGUCCUUGAGCCAGUAAUCAGUGUGAGAAACAAAGAGGAGCUGGCUUGUGCCUUAGUGCACAUUCUACAGAGUACUGGCAGGGCCAAGGAUUUCCUGACGGACUUGGUGAUGUCUGAGGUGGAUCGCUGUGGAGAACAUGAUGUCUUGAUCUUCAGAGAGAACACCAUUGCCACCAAGUCCAUUGAGGAGUACCUCAAGUUGGUGGGACAACAGUAUCUUCAUGACGCGUUGGGGGAGUUCAUCAAAGCUCUGUAUGAGUCAGAUGAGAACUGUGAGGUGGAUCCCAGCAAAUGUUCAUCUAGUGAAUUGAUAGACCAUCAGAGCAACCUGAAAAUGUGCUGCGAGCUGGCUUUCUGCAAGAUCAUCAACUCUUACUGUGUUUUCCCUCGUGAGUUGAAAGAAGUGUUUGCAUCCUGGAAGCAGCAGUGCCUGAACCGCGGCAAGCAGGACAUCAGUGAGCGGCUCAUCAGUGCCUCGUUGUUUCUGCGUUUCCUGUGCCCGGCCAUCAUGUCUCCCAGCCUGUUCAACCUCAUGCAGGAGUAUCCUGAUGACCGCACGUCUCGGACUCUGACUCUGAUUGCCAAGGUCAUUCAGAACCUGGCUAACUUUGCCAAAUUUGGUAACAAAGAAGAAUACAUGGCAUUCAUGAAUGAUUUUUUAGAACAUGAGUGGGGUGGAAUGAAGCGCUUUCUUUUGGAGAUCUCUAAUCCAGACACCAUCUCAAACACCCCAGGCUUUGAUGGUUACAUUGACCUGGGCCGGGAGCUUUCAGUUUUGCAUUCCUUACUGUGGGAAGUAGUUUCCCAACUUGAUAAGGCGACCGUGGCAAAACUGGGACCUCUCCCUCGUGUUCUUGCUGAUAUCACCAAGUCUCUGACUAAUCCCACACCAAUACAACAGCAACUGAGACGCUUCACUGAGCAUAACUCCAGUCCCAAUGUCAGUGGAAGCCUCUCCUCUGGGCUGCAGAAAAUAUUUGAAGACCCCACUGACAGUGAUUUGCAUAAACUAAAGUCUCCAGGCCAGGACAACACAGACAGCUAUUUCAGGGGGAAAACAUUGUUGCUGGUUCAGCAGGCCUCCUCCCAGAGCAUGACUUACUCUGAGAAGGAUGAGAAGGAAGGUAGCCUUCCUAACGGCCGGAGCGUGUCCCUCAUGGACCUCCAGGACACGCACGCUGCGCAGGUGGAGCACGCGUCCGUCAUGCUCGACGUGCCUCUGCGCCUGACCGGAAGCCAGCUCUCCAUAACCCAGGUGGCCAGCAUCAAGCAGCUGCGGGACACCCAGAGCACACCCCAGAGCGCACCCCAAGUGAGGAGGCCCCUGCACCCUGCCCUGAACCAGCCGGGCAGCCUCCAGCCCUUGUCAUUCCAGAACCCCGUCUAUCACCUCAGUAACCCAAUCCCAGCAAUGCCAAAGGCCUCCGUGGAUUCCAGUUUGGAGAACCUAAGCACUGCCAGUUCCAGAAGCCAAAGUAACAGCGAAGACUUCAAAGUCAGCGGACCCAGCAAUAGUAGCAUGGAGGACUUCAGCAAACGUAGCACUCAGAGCGAGGACUUCUCCAGGCGACACCCUGUGCCAGACAGACACAUACCUCUUGCCCUGCCCCGGCAGAAUAGUACUGGGCAGGCCCAGAUCCGAAAAAUGGACCAGGCCGGGUUGGGUGCCCGAGCCAAAGCCCUGCCAUCCCUGCCACACAGUGCUUCCUUGCGGAGCACGGGGAGCAUAUCGGUGGCCUCGGCAGCCCUGGUGGCCGAGCCUGUGCAGAACGGAAGCCGGUCCCGGCAGCAGUCCUCUUCCUCCAGAGAGAGCCCUGUUCCCAAAGUGAGAGCCAUCCAGAGACAGCAGACGCAGCAGGUUCAGUCACCUGUGGACUCUGCCACAAUGUCCCCAGUAGAGAGGACGGCAGCUUGGGUCCUGAACAAUGGGCAGUAUGAAGAGGACGUGGAGGAGGCUGAGCAGAAUCAAGAUGAAGCCAAGCACGCUGAGAAGUAUGAACAGGAAAUCACUAAGCUGAAGGAGCGCCUGCGAGUGUCCAGCCGGCGGCUGGAGGAGUAUGAACGCCGGCUGCUGGUGCAGGAGCAGCAGAUGCAGAAGCUGCUGCUGGAGUACAAGGCCCGGCUGGAGGACAGCGAGGAGCGGCUGCGCAGGCAGCAGGAGGAGAAGGACAGCCAGAUGAAGAGCAUCAUCAGCAGGCUGAUGGCUGUGGAAGAAGAGUUAAAGAAGGAUCAUGCUGAGAUGCAAGCAGUUAUUGAUGCAAAGCAGAAAAUAAUCGAUGCACAGGAAAAACGGAUCGUGUCCCUGGAUUCGGCCAACACCAGACUGAUGAGCGCGCUGACCCAGGUGAAGGAGCGGUACAGCAUGCAGGUCCGCAAUGGCAUCUCUCCCACCAACCCCACCAAGCUUUCCAUCACGGAGAAUGGUGAAUUCAAAAACAGCAGCUGCUGAUGGCCUUGGUGACCAGACAGACGGUGGGAGGAGACAGAAGGAAAUGUCCCCGCUCUCCUGUCCCCAGCCCUUCACCCAGCCCCGCCUGGUUUACAGAAUGUUACUACUUUGGCGAGAAACUCUCAGAUGAAGAAGGAACCUUGUCUUUCAGGGCAUAAGGCUAAGACCCGAGGUCGACGCUUUCCCCCGUGUCUCUGUGUACAUAGGGAACUUAGUUCUGGGCCAUGUACAGAAAAUACCAUUGUAAUAUACCCAAAGGAAGUUAAUAAUGUAGAUUACCUUUUUAAUUAUUGCUAUUUUUAUUAUUGUUGUCCUCCGUUGAAAGCACUGCAGUUGUUAGAGGAGGAAGGUAGGAGCUAUGUGUGAGUGAGAACUGAGCCCAGCGGUUCAGUAGGUAGAGACCCAGUGUCUGUCUGUCUGUCUGUUUGGUAGAAGCGCACGGCGUAUAAUAGGACAUUGUCAGAAUGAAUUUUUCAGGGAUUCGUCUGCCAGUUAAAAAAAACCCACUCCAGCCCCCUUGCCCAUGAGGGAAACAUGCAAAUACUAAGAUCCAAACAAAACAUUUUAUCCCACUGAUCACCCAAGACUGUCUCUGAAUGUAUAGCGACUCCGCUUUGGGGAUACGCUGCUUCAGAGGACACAGACAAGAGCUCUUGCAUCAAAACUGGACUUGAGGAGUGAUUUCUAUUGAACUCCUGUUGAUGUUUAUCUCCUUCUGUCUAUAGCAGAUGGAAUUUUCCAUUUUAGAUAGGGGCUGUUUUUUUACCCCAGUUGUAAUAAAGAGUGUUCUCUUUCUCUUCAGAGUUUACAAAACUAAACAUCUGUGUCUCUACACACCAUCUUCACCUUCCCACACCCACUGCCCUUCCUGCCCCCAUGAUGGCAGCAGGUCACCAACAGGGUUUACUCUCCCCUGGAGAGAUUCUUCCAAUAUGCUGUCCAUGAACCAUCCAAACAGACACCCUUUCUUCCACACAGAAAAGGGCUAACCAUACCAUAGCAGAAAUUUCUGAAUAUUUCCUAUUUAAAUAUUUUCUAUUUGUGAAUUAUAAUUUUUAUUUGGGAUAAACAUUUUAUUCAUUGUACUAGCAUAUUUCUGGGCAGGGUAAUCUUAUUUCAAUCUUUAACUUUUAAAUUGUUUUUUUCUGUAGUGGCCUAAGUAAAACUUGGAAAGGAAAUCCAUAUCUGAGGCAUCACUCUCUGGAAAG